CUCCUCAGCGCUCUCCUCUCCAUUUUUUUCCUCCUAUCGAUUUUGCAAUUUAGCCCCUAGGGAGGCAGGGAAUCCGGCUCCGGUCCCUGUGCCGCUCCCCCCGGCUCUCCUUGCCUCCCUUGCUCCUCCGAUCGAGGCUGAAGCGGCUUCAGGAUAUACAUUUUUGUGGGAAUGGGGAAUUCUUGCCAAAAUGGAACCUAUGGGAACAAUUACCAGAACAGCAACCGGUUUCAGAAUGACCGUUUUGCUUCUCGGUACGUUGAUGGGAAUGAUACUGAGGAUUGCUACUCGGGCUCGUCAAGGGCCAGCUUAGCGGGUGCUCUGCGGCAAGGGCUGAACCUAAAGUCCCCUGUCCUUGGAUACAAGACUCCAAAUGUAAGGGAGCUCUAUACUCUUGGCCGGGAGCUUGGACAGGGACAGUUCGGGAAAACAUACCUCUGCACUGAGAUUAGCACAGGGUGUCAAUAUGCAUGCAAGACUAUCUUAAAGAGUAAUCUCCGAUGUGUGUCAGAUAUCGAGGACGUGCGCCGUGAAAUCCAGAUAAUGCACCAUCUUUCGGGCCAGAAGAAUAUAGUGACAAUCAAGGACACAUAUGAGGAUGAGCAGGCCGUGCACAUCGUCAUGGAGCUCUGUGCAGGUGGUGAGCUCUUCAGCAAGAUUCAGAAGCGAGGUCAUUACAGUGAACGGAAGGCUGCAGAGCUUAUAAAAAUUAUAGUUGGCAUCAUAGAAACAUGCCAUUCACAUGGAGUGAUGCACCGGGAUCUCAAGCCAGAAAAUUUCCUCUUACUGGACGCAGACGAUGAAUUCUCGGUUAAAGCAAUUGACUUUGGUCUAUCUGUGUUCUUCAGACCAGGUCAGGUUUUCAGAGAGGUAGUGGGAAGUCCAUAUUAUAUUGCUCCAGAGGUAUUGGAGAAGCGUUAUGGACCAGAGGCUGAUAUAUGGACUGCUGGAGUGAUUCUCUAUGUAUUGCUGACUGGUGUUCCUCCAUUUUGGGCAGAUACACAAAGCGGGAUAUAUGAAAAAGUACUGGAUGGACGUAUUGAUUUUAAAUCAAACCGGUGGCCCAGGAUAUCUGACAGUGCAAAGGAUCUUAUAAAAAAGAUGCUCUGCCCUUAUCCAUCAGAGCGUUUGAAAGCCCAUGAAGUGCUAAAGCAUCCAUGGAUAUGUGAUAAUGGAGUGGCUACUAAUCGAGCUCUGGAUCCAAGUGUACUUCCUCGUCUCAAGCAAUUUUCUGCAAUGAAUAGGUUAAAGAAAUUGUCUCUCCAGAUUAUUGCUGAGCGUCUUUCAGAAGAGGAGAUUGUUGGGUUAAGAGAAAUGUUCAAGGCUAUGGACACCAAAAACAGAAGUGUGGUUACAUUUGGUGAGCUUAAGGGACUGAAAAGAUACAGCUCAGUGUUCAAGGAUACUGAAAUUAACGACUUAAUGGAAGCAGCUGAUGACACCACCUCCACCAUCAACUGGGAAGAGUUUAUUGCUGCAGCAGUGUCUCUUAAUAAAAUAGAACGUGAGAAACACUUGAUGGCAGCCUUUACAUACUUUGACAAAGAUGGAAGUGGUUUUAUCACAGUUGACAAGCUUCAAAAGGCUUGCAUGGAACGUAACAUGGAAGAUACUUUCCUUGAAGAGAUGAUUCUGGAGGUUGAUCAAAACAAUGAUGGUCAAAUCGAUUAUGCUGAAUUUGUCACAAUGAUGCAAAGCAACAACUUUGGACUUGGGUGGCAAACGGUGGAAAGCAGCCUGAAUGUAGCCCUGAGGGAGGCACCCCAAGUAUACUGAACUCCUGUCGCCUGGCACCCCCAAGAAUUCAGUUUGUUCUCCUGAGCCUUUCAUCUGUUUAUCACAACACAUAGUUGUGGAUUUGAGAGAAGAGAGCCAAGACUAGAUGGUUUAUCAGUAAUCACCCUAUAGCAGUGGUGGAAGAAGACUCUCUUAGUACCUAAUAGCAUAUAAAUGUGUGGUCUAAAGACAUCGUAUAUGUAUGAACCUCAUAAGUUCGUUCGUUCGUUCGUUUGGUUGGUUGGUUUGCUACCCUGCUAUCUAAUAAUAAUAUCAAUAAUACCCGAAGAACCCCUCUUGGUUCUGCAUA